UCUCUUUCACACACUCUCAUACACACACUCUCAUACACACACACACACACACACACACACACAGCACCCGUCACUCCUGGCAGAGGGAAGACAGGACCACAGGAGAGCUGUUACACACCUUUACUCCCAGCUACUCACCCAGCCAUCACCAGACGUUUUGCCCAGGAUGUGGACUCUUCUCUUGGGGGUCACCUUUGGAUUUCUGGCCUCCUCCAGGUCAGAACAACUUCAAGUGAGUUCUCGCACCUGCAGCUAUGCUGGAGUAUUUCUGGUUGAGGGAGAAAGCCGUCACUCCCUGACCUUUGACAUGGCUAAAAAGGUGUGUGAGCAACAGGAAAGCACAAUUGCAAGUCCAGAACAACUCGAAGAGGCCUAUGCUAAAAACAUGGAAACCUGCAGACACGGCUGGAUCGGCAAUGGGAGCUCUGCCAUCCUCAGACACACACACCAUGAAAACUGUGGAAAGAACAUGACGGGUUUAAUUAUUAAUUCACAUGUAACUGAUGGAGAACGCCUUGAUGCCUACUGCUAUGAUGACAAAGUUGGGCCUGAGGAGGACUGUGCCAAAAAAUUUUCAAAUCCUUCGAACGGUCUCACAGAUGAACCAGAAUCCUCAUCACAGCCUGAAAUACAGGUGUCUACAGGAGCAGCAGGCCAGGCAGCAACACAACCUGAGGAUGCUUCUGAUGGUGAUGGAGCAAACCCCACAUUAACCCCUGAAGAGAAUUUUCUUGGGGAGGUGACCUCAUCAGCUACCAUCACUCCCAUGGAGCUGAGUCCAGAGGAGGCUUCUACGGAGGGUCCUACUAGGGAGGAAAUCUUUGGAGGGAGUGAGAAAAGCACUGCGGGGCCCGUUUUCACUCCCACAGUAUACGAUCAGCCCAAUGGAUCUGGGAUGCAGCCGUCCCUCUCUGAGGAGGAAGCAGCCUCUCCAACGGCACCUGUUGGAAAACCUGAGGAAAGACAGGAUAUGGAUGAGAACAUGGUGCCUAAAGUUGAUGAUGCCAGAACAGAGUCUCCACAUCUCCCUAAUGGCGGAAAACAGAUGGAUCCUGUCGUGCCUAAGCCUGAUCCACAGGGCAACAGUGGUUCUACGAACUGGCUGGUAAUCGUUGGAGUGAUAGUGGCAGUCGCUGCUAUUCUUCUUGUGUGUGCAGCUGUUGCCAAAAGAAACAGCUGGUGUGGCAAACAGCAGACCCUGAUGAUCACAUCCAAAGACAGCGGUGAGGGGAACGGUGCAGCAGCAUCGGCGUCCAGCUCCCACGCCCAGGAGAGAGAGCAGGAAAUGGUGACCCUCAUGAACAAGGAGAAGAUCCAGGAGAACGGCAACACAGAAGAGUUCACCGUCAUCACGCUAGAGGAGUCACCAGAUAAAGAACAACUGGCGUGAGAGAGGAGCGUAGAGGCAGACAGGACAGAGUAGGAGAGGACAGGACAGGGAAGGAGGGACAGAGUGAGGAGUUGGUUGGGAGAUUGGACGGGUGGGGGGUUAGGGCCCCAUAAAAUUUUGGUGGCCAGCACUGAAUGGACAGUGGGUAAGGGUGUUUGUGAAGACAGGGCUGAUGUGUGUGUUAUUUAGAAAUGUUGGAGUACAAAGUAUUGUACUAGGUCUGAAGCUGUUGAUUCUCAGUGCGAUCAGGUCUUUCAAACCAUCAUGUGCAGCAUUUUGUUUGUCUGGAAUGCCAAGUUAGUUAGGACUGAAUGGAGGUAAAAGAUGGUGCAGGUUGUGAAUGUGAUGUGUGUCAGUUCUUUGUGUUAAUGUGGUUGUAUUUUUUGUUGGUGACGGGGGUUGACAGGCACUGGUUUUAAAGGGAGGGGGGGUGGUGAGGGUCUUUUUUUUUUUUUUUUUAAUUGGUGAAGCCCUAAAGUGUAAGGCUUAUCGGCCAAAAUGGGAAAUGAUCAAUCAAUGGCGAGAAACUGGACUGAAUCUUAAUGAGUUAUUUUAUUUGAAAUACUGAAAAAUAGAAAAAAAAAAUUAAGCAAAACAACCCUUUGAUUUUGUUUUGUUUUGUUUGCUUAUUGUUGUAACCUUGUGUAUAUUUCAGACAUUGCCUGUGGACUGGAGUGGAAACUGGGGAUGUCACUACCUUAAUUUAUGCAGCUUUGAUUCCCUUUUUCUUGGUCUCUGUAUAUAAAGUAUAUGUUUUGGAAAUGCCUUAGCAAUAGCUGCCAGUGCUUUUUUCAGUAGGAAGGGGCUUUGUAUCCCUUUUAAAUAAAGGAAUGUGUCAUUU